CCAUAGAUGCUCUCCCCUCCUCGGAGGACGACGACGAUGAUGAUGACUCCUCUUCAGAGGAGAAAGAGACAGAUAACACCAAACCAAACCGUAUGCCCGUGGCUCCAUACUGGACAUCCCCAGAAAAGAUGGAAAAGAAAUUGCACGCGGUGCCAGCUGCCAAGACUGUGAAGUUCAAAUGUCCUUCUAGUGGGACUCCUAACCCCACGCUGCGCUGGUUGAAAAAUGGCAAAGAAUUCAAACCUGACCACAGGAUUGGAGGCUAUAAGGUCCGUUACGCCACCUGGAGCAUCAUAAUGGACUCCGUAGUGCCUUCUGAUAAGGGCAACUACACCUGCAUUGUGGAGAAUGAGUAUGGCAGCAUUAACCACACCUACCAGCUCGACGUCGUGGAGCGGUCCCCUCACCGGCCCAUCCUGCAGGCGGGGUUGCCUGCCAACAAGACAGUGGCCCUGGGCAGCAAUGUGGAGUUCAUGUGUAAGGUGUACAGUGACCCACAGCCCCAUAUCCAGUGGCUAAAGCACAUCGAGGUGAAUGGGAGUAAGAUUGGUCCAGACAACCUGCCUUAUGUCCAGAUCUUGAAGACUGCUGGAGUUAACACCACCGACAAAGAGAUGGAAGUGCUUCACUUAAGGAAUGUCUCCUUUGAGGACGCGGGGGAGUAUACGUGCUUGGCGGGUAACUCUAUCGGACUGUCCCAUCACUCUGCAUGGUUGACCGUUUUGGAAGCCCUGGAAGAGAGGCCGGCGGUGAUGACCUCGCCCCUGUACCUGGAGAUCAUCAUCUACUGCACGGGGGCCUUCCUCAUCUCCUGCAUGGUGGGGUCUGUCAUCAUCUACAAAAUGAAGAGUGGCACCAAGAAGAGCGACUUCCACAGCCAGAUGGCCGUGCACAAGCUGGCCAAGAGCAUCCCUCUGCGCAGACAGGUGUCGGCUGAUUCUAGUGCCUCCAUGAACUCUGGGGUUCUGCUGGUUCGGCCCUCACGUCUCUCCUCUAGCGGAACCCCCAUGCUGGCUGGAGUCUCUGAAUAUGAGCUUCCUGAAGACCCACGCUGGGAGCUGCCUCGAGACAGGCUGGUUUUAGGCAAACCCCUGGGAGAGGGCUGCUUUGGGCAGGUGGUGUUGGCAGAAGCCAUUGGGCUGGACAAGGACAAACCCAACCGUGUGACCAAAGUGGCUGUGAAGAUGUUGAAGUCGGACGCAACAGAGAAAGACCUGUCAGACCUGAUCUCAGAAAUGGAGAUGAUGAAGAUGAUCGGAAAGCACAAGAACAUCAUCAACCUGCUGGGGGCCUGCACACAGGACGGUCCUUUGUACGUCAUCGUGGAGUAUGCCUCCAAAGGCAACCUACGGGAAUACCUGCAGGCCCGGCGGCCCCCGGGGCUGGAGUACUGUUAUAACCCCAGCCACAACCCAGAGGAGCAGCUCUCUUCCAAGGACCUGGUCUCCUGCGCCUAUCAGGUGGCCCGAGGCAUGGAGUAUCUCGCCUCCAAGAAGUGCAUACACCGAGACCUGGCCGCCAGGAACGUCCUGGUGACAGAGGACAACGUGAUGAAGAUCGCAGACUUCGGCCUCGCUCGGGACAUCCACCACAUCGACUACUAUAAAAAGACAACCAAUGGCCGGCUGCCUGUGAAGUGGAUGGCACCCGAGGCCUUGUUUGACCGGAUCUACACCCACCAGAGUGACGUCUGGUCUUUUGGGGUGCUCCUGUGGGAAAUCUUCACUCUGGGAGGCUCCCCGUAUCCUGGCGUGCCUGUGGAGGAGCUUUUCAAGCUGCUGAAGGAGGGUCAUCGAAUGGACAAGCCCAGUAACUGCACCAAUGAGCUAUACAUGAUGAUGCGGGAUUGCUGGCAUGCAGUACCCUCUCAGAGACCUACCUUCAAGCAGCUGGUGGAAGACCUGGACCGCAUUGUGGCCUUGACCUCCAACCAGGAGUAUCUGGACCUGUCAAUGCCCCUGGACCAAUACUCUCCCAGCUUUCCCGACACCCGAAGCUCUACCUGCUCCUCAGGGGAGGAUUCCGUCUUCUCUCAUGAGCCGUUGCCUGAGGAGCCCUGUCUGCCCCGACACCCAGCCCAGCUUGCCAAUGGCGGACUCAAACGGCGCUGACUAGCACCCCAGUUCCCAUCCCCGAACUCCAUUGUCGGCUGUAACCCUCACCCACCCCUCCCUGCGGGACUCACUGCCUUCCCCUCUGCCCCUUUCCUGCUGGCAGGAGCCGGCUGCCUACCUGAGGCCUUCACCCCAUGGAGUUCACCUCUCUUCCUCCUCCUCACAACCUGCUUGUGAGAGAGAGGAGCAGAGAGGCAGGUACUUGCUCAUGGCCACUUCGUUCCCUCCCAGAUGUUGGACCAAGACCCUCCCCACCACCUGGCACUGCCUGGAGGGCUGGGGAGUGGGAGAUGAGCAGGCAUGCAGGCGAGAGCUGACUGAGCUUUCCCAUGUUGGUUUUGUCUGCUUCGAAUAACCCGUAAGCCUGAGUUCCGGUGGCGGGGGCCUCAUCCUCAUGGCCACCGCGGUAGUGAGGGGAGGUCCGUGCUCCGGGCCUCGGCUGAAGGCAACCUCUGCUCCAGAUAGAUGGUGCCAGUGGCUUAUUAAUUCCGAUACUAAUUCGCUUUGCUGACCAAAUACCUGGUACCAGAGGAUGGGGAGGCAAAGGCUGGGAGCAGUGUCGUGGCCCUGGGGCCCAGCCCCAAACUGGGGGCUUUGUACAUAGCUAUGAAGAAAACACAAAGUGUAUAAAUCUGAGUAUAUAUUUACAUGUCUUUUUAAAAGGGUCGUUACCAGAGAUUUACCCAUUGGGUAAGAUGCUCCUGGUGGCUGGGAGGCAUCAGUUGCUAUAUAUUAAAAACAAAGAAAAAAGAAAAAAAAGGAAAAUGUUUUUAAAAAGGUCAUAUAUUUUUUGCUACUUUUGCUGUUUUAUUUUUUUAAAUUAUGUUCUAAACCUAUUUUCAGUUUAGGUCCCUCAAUAAAAAUUGCUGCUGCUUCAUUUUUA